AUGGCCAACAUUCCGUCCACUGUCUAUCGUGACCUUCUCACAAGCGGCAAGUUUUCAGACCUCAUCAUCGAUUGUCAAGGAUUCGCGUUCAAUGUCCACCGCACCGUGGUCUGCUCGCAGUCUCCGAUGUUAGACGCCGCCUGCAGCGGGCAGUUCGAGGAGGCAUCCAGUGGCCGGAUCAAAUUCCCAGAGCUGCAUCCCGCUAUCAUAGCGAGAGCCAUUCUCUUCAUGUACACUGGGGACUACGAUGAAGUCUCCCUUCCCGAAUUCUAUAUGAAGAUGUCUGGAUCUGAGGACUAUGACCGCUACAAAGACUUUAUCUUCGACAGGAUCAAAAUGAUCGAUAAUCUAGGCUUGCGGCAUCCCCCCAAAAUCAACGCCCUGCUGUACGCCUGUGCGGAUAUGCUUGGUAUACCAGGCUUGAAGACAGAGGCUUCAGCGCGGUUCAUGAAAGAUGCUGAAACUGCCUGCGACUACGAUGGGUUCGACGAACCAUUACGGCUACUUUACGAGAAUACGCCACUUGAUGAUCGUGGAUUGCGCUUCCAGGCUACUUGCCUUUGCGUGACGAGCCAUGAUGCCCUUGCCAUACGGCCCAAGACGCUGCAAGUCCUGCAGCAACACGAGCCAAAUGUGUGGAGUGUUUCGGUCGAGAUGCUGAAACGAUGGAAGGUUCUUGGACCAUCCUUCUGGCGAAAAGCAAAUAGCGAUGAGGAGACCGAAUGA